AGUGGGACCCCCUAGGACCCCCCCCCCCCCACGAGUGGGACCCCCGGUGCGCGGAGCGAUGGACUCGCGGCACUACGACAUAAGCGAGGAGCAGAAGGCGAUCAAAGCAAAGUAUCCUGCCGUGAUCAAGAAGCACGAGUACCUGGACCACACGGCAGACGUGCAGUUGCACGCGUGGGGUGACACGCUGGAAGAGUCGUUUGAGCAGGUUGUCAUGGCCAUGUUCGGCUACAUCAGCGACAUCGAGGUGGUGGAGCCGCUGGACACGGUGGAGGUGGAGGCUGAAGGUGAGGACAUGAUGUCUCUGCUCUACCAGUUCAUGGAUGCGUGGCUCUACAAGUUCUGCGCCGAUUUAUUCUUCAUCCCGAGGGAGGUGAAAGUCGUGAGUCUGGACAGAGUCAAUUUCAAAAUCCGCUCAAUUGGCUGGGGAGAGGAGUUCAACCUAGAGAAGCAUCCACAGGGCACGGAGGUGAAGGCCAUCACCUACUCAGCCAUGCAGAUCCACGAGGAGGAGGAUAAAAACGAUGUGUUUGUCAUCAUCGACAUCUGAACCUUAUGGCGGGACCCUAGGGUCCCAUAAGCCCCCGGCUCUCGCAUAAACUGCAUUGUGACGUCAUUUUAUGUCUGUUGAAGGCGAACGAUACGGCAAUCUAUUCCUCUCGACGAACUCUACACGAUGCGCUAAUCAAAGAUUUGUUUAUGAUUACGGCAUUCGUUCUCGCUGCGCUUGGACGACAUGACAACAGAAUGAUUCGCGCCAGGUGGGUCGCGGCGUUUAUGUGCGUGGUGGGACGGAGUCGCCAAAAUAAAUUACGAUUUUGACUUCGGUUUAUUCGGGACCCUGGGGUCCCGCCAUAAGGUUAAUCUGACGCAUGGCAACUUUGCUCUGACUUCUUUGUCGGAUGCAAGUUGGAUGUAGCGGCGCCUCUCGUCACUGACAGACUGAAUCCACGUUGAUUAAAAUUUAAACAGCAAGUUAGAGGCAGCCACUCCUUCAGUGCUCUCAAUACUUGAGGACUUUUAUCUGUCGAGUCAGGAUGAGGUUAACCCAAAUCUCACCUCCACGAUCACCGUGGUGGUCUUGCAUGCUGACAGGAGAUGCUUCAUGGCUCAGGGAAUGGUCAUAUCGCUUAUAUUUUUUUCUAGAAAUUCAGUGGUGUGAUACUUUAUAAUCAGAGCUUCUUAAAGAAAAGAUAAUAUUUUAUAAUGGAUCUCACAGGUGUGGCUUUGGACUUUUACAAAAGCUAUGUUUUUGUAGAACAUUAAUUAAGAAUAUGCUUUGCUCUUUCUGGCAAUAAAACAGUUGUGUUACGAUGUUCAAACACCAAAUAGAAAAACCUUUUUGAAGGAAUCAAGUCUGCAUUAACCACACUUACUAGUGGUGAACAUGCAAACAAACAUGCUCUGAUAAUAUAUGCAGUCUUUGAAACUGAUUGGGCUACACCAGAAACAGCGGCCUUCUUUAUGGCCCAGUCUCACCAUUGUCAGACCAGAGAACGCCAAAAUGCGAACAGCACAAAGACAUCGCCACACGUGUCAGUGUCGUUUGGGGUGAGCAGCUAAAUCAUGGGACCUUUUUAUCAUAUUUAAUUAUCAGAGCAUGUUAUUUUGCAUGUUCACUACAAGUACGUGUGGUUAAUGCAAACUGGAUUCCUUGCAAAAGGUAUCUAUUUAGAUUUUGAACAUCUUAACACCUGUUUUAUUGCCGUAAAGGUAAACCCUAUUUUUUUUCAUACUUUGAUACUGGAAAAAAGGUUCCACGAUAGAACAUUAAUUAUUAAUUGAUGUACACUGGUACAAACCAUCUUACUUUAAUUUAUAAUUUAAGUUGUGUGCUGUUAAUCAGUGUGUGCUACGAGUCAAGGGGAAUGGCAGAGGGAGGUGGGGUGCAGUGAGCAUGGGGCCUUAAAAACAGGCCGAGUCUAUGACAGUGGGAAAUUCAUCACCCUGUGCAGACAGGGGGUGUCUCUUGUGGCUGUCUAUUGGAUGUUCAUAAUAAAUGCGUGCAUUGCUCUCAGGUUAUUAAA